CGCCUCCUUGCGUCACUUCCGUAAACAAAGGGCGCUGUGGAGGCGCAGGCCCCGGGAUGUGACCCCGGCACAAGCUGCAGCUGUAGGGUCUGCGGCUGCAGCUGCGGUGGUGACUUCCGAAACUCCGAGGUCUUUGCAGGUUGAGGAAGAGGACCCCGAUUCUCUUCUUCCUCAGGUCAUAAUAAGCUGGCUUUGGUGCGAUAAGGAACUUAACACAAUGGAGGAGCGGAAAGUGAAGAGGAGGAGUCCUAAGUCUUUUAAUGCCCACUCUACUCAGGUUGUUAAUGCCAAAAAAAAUGCCAUUCCAGUUAGUAAAAGUACAGGGUUUUCAAAUCCUGCAUCACAGUCAACGUCACAGAGACCAAAGUUAAAAAGAGUGGUGAAAGAAAAGACCAAACCUCAGGGUGGAGAAGGCAAAGGUGCUCAGUCAACUCCAAUUCAGCAUUCCUUUCUCACUGAUGUCUCAGACGUUCAGGAGAUGGAGAGAGGGCUUCUCAGCCUCUUGAAUGAUUUUCACUCUGGAAAACUUCAAGCAUUUGGAAAUGAAUGUUCAAUCGAACAGAUGGAACAUGUUCGGGGAAUGCAGGAGAAAUUAGCUCGCUUGAAUUUGGAGCUCUAUGGGGAGUUAGAGGAACUUCCUGAGGAUAAGAGAAAAGUAGCCAGUGACUCCAAUCUGGAUAGGCUUCUGUCUGAUCUAGAAGAAUUGAAUUCUUCCAUGUAUCCUUUGCCUAAUAUAAAACAGCAAAAAGUUUACAAAUUAUAAUUUCUGGUGAAUAGUCCCAAUUAAGUGAACAAAGAUAUAUUAUUUACUGGAGGCAUUUCUCUAACUCCUUUGGUUUCCAAAUGGAAUUUUUAGUUGUUUUGUAUGCUGAAAUUUUGUUUCUGGUUUGUUCUUCUUUGCUUUAUUGUUUUUGGACUUUAAAAAAACUUAAAUUUUUUUAAACAAGAGAAUUAAGGUUUAGGCUAGUUGCCAUAUAAAUUAUUUUGAAUCUUAGUUUCUUAAGCCAAAUGGCAGUUGGAUAUGUAGACACAAUACACUAUAUUUUAUCUCAUGACAUAGUUAAGAUGCAUUAAAAACUGUACUACAGGAUUAGCUUAAAUGAAAUCACCAAAAGCUCAUGUGAAAUAUUCAGGUUUUGACCUUUUGAUUUAGAGCAGUUAUUUCAGAAACUAUUCAAAAUAUAUUUUUGAACAUAAUGAUAGACAUAAUGUGAGAUAUGUAAGAACAAUAAGAAAUGAGCCUGCCUAUAAAAUAGUUUGAGAGGUAAUUUGAUUUAAACAAAACAAUGAGAUACUAGAAAGGAUACAGGUUGUAGAAUCAAGAGAUUAGAUUUUUGAAAUUUGGUUUCACAUUUUGAUAAUGUAACCUUGGGCAAACUGUUCUAACAUCCCAGAGUAUCUUAAUAUGCAGUAAUUGCUACAAUAAAACGUACAUAUGAAAAUUUUCAAAUUGUAGGAUAUAUACACACAUUUAUUGUUAUUGCUAUAACAUAUACUGUAAUUGAAUUGUAAAGUAAUAACAGUGAAGAAAUAGGUUAUAUGCAAAUCUAGUAAUAGACGUUAAUAGUUAAUCUUUAAUGAAUACUUAGUAUUUGCUAAGUCUUUUAUGAAUAGGUUUAUAUGCAUUGUCUCAUUUGGUCCUACUCUUGGAAGUAGGGGGUGUUACACUCCCCGUUUUACAGAUGAAGAAAAUAAAGUUUUGAGAAGCCAUAGAAACUGAGGGGAGACAAUGAUAGAUAUUAUUGCCAAGAGAGACUUAAACAUGGGUAAGAUAGGAAUUAAUUAGGGGACUUAGGAGUAGUUCCUGGUUCUUUUUAU